AUGCCUACCUAUAAUCCUUUUGCUCGGCGUGAAACGCAUCAUGCGAACGCUCUAACUACUUACCGCGUUCUGGUGCCCCUCACCUGGCUGCUUGUCGUCGUGCUCGGAAUUUACUAUUCCAUCCAUUCGCCGGACGAUACGAAGCAUAGUAAGAAGAUCUGGAAGCAGGCUAGGAAGCAGAAGACGCCUUUCAGUCAAAAUACUACCGUCACUGGGAUUUACUGGAUCCUUCUCCUCCUCUCCCAGCUCAGCUAUGUCUGGCAUCUAUUCAGCAAAGACACGGCCCUGGUAGCAGCCGCCGCCAACGUCGCCACGCACUUCAUCCUGAAUAACGUCUUCAUCGUGGCCUGGAUCCUACUGUGGACUCGCAACUACUUCUGGUGGGCUGAGAUUAUCCUCAUCGCCCACUUUAUCAAUCAGGCUGUUGCCUACUGGCGCCAUCGCGGCCUCCCCACUUUCGUGCACCUGCCUGCCGUUGCGGGGCCCUAUGCCUGGACUCUGACGGCGCUGUUCUGGAACGGAGCUGUCGCGGUGCACAGCCACAACCUGCCCGGUCGGAUCGUAGCUAACAUCUUUAUCUGGGUGAUUAUGUUGAUUGGAUUGCAGCAUAUCGUGCUGCGCCAGGAUUAUAUUCUGGGUUACUGCCUGAGUCUACUUACGCUGUCUCUGGCUAUUCGGCAGCUUGCGAUGAAGAUCAUUGCGUUGCAGUGGAUCUUCGCGUUUACUAUUUUCGCGAUCUUCACCGUUGUCUCGGUCUACGUAUCGACGACCAAGUACGCCGGUCGCGACAGCCUGUUCCGCCGCGUUGCUCACCCCGACUCGGCUGAUCGGGAGAGAGAGCCUUUGCUCAACGACGCGUAG